GGGGUGUUGCUCUUCUGUUUGUGAUUAAUAUCCUGGAGGUAAUAUAUAGUUACAUGACGAGCUCGAAUAAUUUUGAAUAUGAACCUUUGACUCCAUCUCAACGGGCUCUCCUUGGCCUGGAUCCUGUCAUCAGCAAAGUGCCUGGUGCUGUUCCAAUUUUCAAGAGAUCAGUUAGUACACCUCACAAUUUGACAGAAAAGCCCAUAAUGAGCACAUAUGUCAGCCCCUCUCAAGUCCCAUUCAGUUCAUCUCGUACGCCAUUCCAGAAGCCCAAUGUGGGUACUGUCGCGCCAGAGUACAGGGAUGCAGCUACUAUUCUUAGUAAGUCAAUGGCACGGAGCUUCAACCAAGUAUCGGUUCAGGAUAAGGCUGAUCUGAACCGAUUAAUGAAGAGCCUUGAAGCAAGGGAGGAACUUCAGAACGAGUGGAAAGGGCCCGACGCUGAUUCAUCUAAGAGGUCCUUUGGACUCCAUAGUGGUUUCGGCGCUCCCCAGAACGGCCUUCAGGGUGGCGUGGACAUGGCUGUACCCGAUCUCCGCGCAAGUAUCAAUGCCCGUGGACCUGUUCCGCAAUAUCGGCAUGCAUUGCGUACAACCCUGUCCAAGGAUCAUACGUCCAAAACCGAUCUUCAGAAAGACGGUCUUUAUGUUGUCGGUCAUAGUAAAGUCCUCAAGAACCUCAAAGUUUCUGAACAACAACUCGAUCGCUGGGUUUUCAACCUGCGCAAAUGGUUAUGGAACAAAAUCGUCAUGCAUGUGUGCAAUGAAAUGGAGGCAGUGGACGAAGAAUUGGCUAAACAAGGAUUGUCAUAUCUUGAUUGUAAGAAUGCGACAAUGUUUUAUUGCUCUGUUCCCGUGUCACAAAACGUAAAUGGGACUGCUUCGACUGCUCCUGGUCCCCCAGCAUCCGCCCCGCUCACCAGUUCACUUGCAUGGGGAGCUGCCAGUGUUGCUGCACCUCGGUUACCAAGUGCCUUUGGGCCACCUCAACCGCAGCAGCCACAGCUACCUACAUCACUUCAGGAUCUUGAAGCGCGUUAUGGCUCUUCAAAUAUUGUUAAGCAGAGGCUAUACCUUGAAGCCUACUUGGCAGUCCCGGGCUGUGCCAACAGGAAAUAUGUUGUUGAGCGACUACAAGCGAUGGGCCCGCUCUUGACACAUUUCAUUUGGGAUUCGCAUGGCGUUACGUGGGAUGGUGCCAAGAAGUCCUGGACCCCAGACCUGCCUUCGGAUGCACAGAUCAUCAUGCAUUUGUUCAUGACUUAUAUUGACACCAACAUGCCAUCUCAACCAGCAGAGGUUUACGAUCGCUUCCUGUUUACCUACAAACACUAUGUACCUAUGGAGAAUAAGCCCGAUCCCACGACUGCGCUGCAAAUCAAACAGACAUCCAAAUUCCCACCCAAUUACUCUUUGGUAGUCGGAGGAUCCUUGUGGGAAGUGGUACCUAAACGACUUAAUGUAUGGUACACUAUGGUGUUGUUCAUUUAUAUGGUUAUGAAAGAAAAUGGCGGCUAUCUAGGCCAGAUCAACAUUGGCACACAAUGGAUUGGACUUGGAAAUGUUGUUGAGGGCUAUGACUUGUAGUUGCUUAAUUCAGCAUCAGUGAAGCGAUCAUCAUUCAUUUUAAAGAGAUGUAAUAAUAAAAUUUUUGAUGUUUGAAUGUUGC